GACAGCGAGCACGCAACCGACAAGAAGGACAAGCUCGACGUUCAGAGCGCCAAUGCUGCCGAGGGCCAGAAGUCCAAGAGCCGCGACGAGGGCGGCACUGCCACCCAGCGCAGGGACUCGAACAACAGCACGGCAAAGGCCAAGAAAGAGAACCCAGAGGCCCCGGAUGUUGUCAUUGGCAUGCAGGACGAGAGAGGCGGAAAAGGC